AUGUAUGAACAGAAUUCACCGCAGUUUAUAACUAUAUCUAUUGCUAUGCUCAUACAAGUUUAUAUGUUUGCAUGGCCAGCUGAUCAUAGUGAAGGAAUAGGUAAAUAAUAUUAAACUUAUGAAUUUAUAUUUACAAAUGCAAGAAAGAGCUAUGUUACAAAAUAUAAAAACAAGAUUUUUAUUAAUUCUAAUAUCUCUUAAAGUUUAAACGAAAGACUUUUCAUUUCAAACGAAUUUUUCUCACGAUUUUGAAAAUUGAAGUCCCUCUUCUACAAAAACUUUUUAAAAUCUACUAAAUGAUUUUUUCCUCGCUAUUUUUAUUAUCGGGAUUGAAUAUCAAAAGUUCAGGAAAUCGUAACAUUUCGUCCUAAUAUUCAAGAGAAGUUCAAUAAAAUAGUGAAAAAAAAAAAAUCAUAUAGCAAAUUUUAAGGAUUCGUUGUAAACUGAAUGUUUCAAUUUUCAGGGUCGAUUUAACUAUGAACAAAAAUUUUUCAAUACUUUCAAAGACGUCUGAACUUUUGUAAUUUUCGAGAAUAAAAAUCCUUAGUUUCUCACUCGCUAUGCGAUAUAAAAAUAUCUUUGAGAAAAACAAAUUCAGGACUGUUAAAGCAAAGGUUUAAAUGUGAUUAAAUAGAUUGUUACAAAUUUUUUUUUACGAAGGUAUAACAGUUUAAAAAAUCGAUAAUUUUUCAUGGGUUGGUUCAGUUAUGCUCUUUCUUGCACUGAAUACGUUGAUCACUCUUUCUAAUUCUUUUGUUUCAACUUCUAGGGUAUAAACGUUUCACGAAGUGUAUACGAUGGAGAAUGGUAUGAACGGUCAUUGAAGAUGCAAAAGAUGUUUCUAAACCUGUUGCUAUAUCAGAAACCAAUAACUCUCGAUCAGCUGGAAGAGCUUUCUUUGCGUUACUAUUGUUCG